GAAUGCCGGCGUAGAGGGAACCGGAAGUUGUUUUUUUCCCUACCCCCCCACCCCCCACAGCCCCUUAAACCCGGGCCGGAUCGCAUCUCCGCGAGCUGGCUUUGGUUACUGCUCCUGUCAGACUGUCGUUCGGCCUUUGGACUUGGUACCCCGGAGUGUGGGCUCUGUCUAGUACCAGUCACUGCAGUACCAGCCUUUGGGAAGCCGUGUCUUCUUAGCCACAAGGGACAGAGGGCGGCCUGACGGAGCCACGGCGCUGGCCAAGUCGCCCAGGCGCUAGCCGGAACCCCCAGACCAGCUCAGACGAGAGCCCAAACUCGGAGCUUGGAAGAAUUAGCAGGAAAUGGCGGAUGAGGCGUUGUUUUUGCUUCUCCAUAACGAGAUGGUGUCUGGAGUGUACAAGUCCGCGGAGCAGGGGGAGGUGGAAAACGGACGAUGUAUUACUAAGCUGGAAAACAUGGGGUUUCGAGUUGGACAAGGAUUGAUAGAAAGGUUUACAAAAGAUACUGCAAGGUUCAAGGAUGAGUUAGAUAUCAUGAAGUUCAUUUGUAAAGAUUUUUGGACUACGGUAUUCAAGAAACAAAUCGACAAUCUAAGGACAAAUCAUCAGGGCAUCUAUGUUCUUCAGGACAACAAAUUUCGCCUGCUUACUCAGAUGUCUGCUGGGAAACAGUAUUUAGAACAUGCAUCUAAGUAUUUAGCAUUUACAUGUGGCUUAAUCAGAGGUGGCUUAUCAAACUUGGGAAUAAAAAGUAUUGUAACAGCCGAAGUGUCUUCAAUGCCUGCUUGCAAAUUUCAGGUGAUGAUACAGAAGCUGUAGAACAUACUGAAAUGCAAGGCUUCAACAGUGUAAAGAGAUAAAUUAUUCAUGUAUAAAGUAUUUCAGGUAGUGAUGAUUUAAUUACAUUGUUUGAUGUUUGUACAGGAGUAAGCAUGUAUUUUUAACAAUUUACACAGAUCAACUCAAAGGAGAUAAAGGGACAUUCUGCCAUGACAUAUAUUUAACCAAAACUAUUCAAAAUGAAAACCUGAUUUCAGAUAACUAGACACCAAGAUGUAGGACUCUUAUUUUAAACCUUUUUAUUUGGUUAGAGUGUUAACGUAUUUGGCCAUAGACAGACAGGCAAAGCUCAGGGUUUGCUGAAUUUGCUUGAGAGAAAAGUGUGUACCAACAGAAUAUUUGUGAUAAAAAUGAACAAAUUUUGAUAAAGUAUGAAUGUUUUAUUUUAAAAAGCAAACAUACUAAAUUUUUUAUUUUAUUGCUUAUAAUUUAUUAAGAAUUUUUACACCUGUAUAAGGAUUUUGUAUAUACAUUGUAUGUGUGUGUGUG